AUGGUAGACGUCGAGAGAGGGCAAUCUGAUCUCGACCCCUACUCUCCGAGUAUGGGAGAGUUUGGUGGCAAGAUCAGAAACUGUCACGACGCAUCAAUGGCCCGAUCUCGGGUCCAGAGUGUCCUUGCCAACUACAACCAGAUGCGUCUCGACAUGCCCAAGACGAUUCAGCUAAAGGUCGCCAGGUUUCUCAGGCAUGAGAAAUGGGUAGACAGCCCGCGCAACCUUAGCCAAUCUCAUCAAUAUAAAAUGCUAAUAGGACAAGGACGCUCAAAAGUUCUGAAUUUCUCAGCCUGGUUGGUUGUGGCGGCUAUUUGGCCAUCCCACCUGCGCGUCCUUGGCAUCGCAGACGAAAUGUCACGGUUUUGGGGGCAGAGCUUCCCUGAUACACGACCUUUCUUCCCAAAAAACGUCUCAGAGGAGGAGGCACUCAUCAAGUACGAUGGAAAUUUUGUGCAGGGGGACGAGUACCCCCUCUCGGAUGCUGGCGAUGGAAUUCCCAGAGACAAGAACAAAGAGGAUAAUGGGGAUUGCAAUGAAGACGGAACCGAUCAUCCCUCCAAGCGCAAGUCUAAUUCGGGCGAUAUUUUCAACAGGGUCACAAAAAGGCACAAGGUUGACCGAACUACCGCUUUGUCCAACAAUGCCAUCCCAGAGCCGUCCAAUGUGCAAACGACCCCAGGUGUUGAGGGCAUGGAACAAGGCAGAAUUACUUAUCUCAGAAGGAAAAUCAUGGCACGGGACGAACUUAUCAGCGAAAAAGACGAAGUCAUCAAACAACAAGACGCGCAAAUCAAGAAGCUGGAGCGUCGACGUCAUCGAAGGUUCAAAGAAGGAGACGAAGACUUCAGAAAGCUCUUCGAUCGUGUCGGAGCGCUCAAGGCAAACCUCAAGGAUGCGGCCGAAAAGGAACACGAUCUGCAGACGUAUGUUCGGCAACUGGAAGAUCACAUCAAGAAUCGAGAUGAAGAAAUCGAGAGGCUCUCUGAUCGCAACAGAAAGAUUAAGGCAAAACACAAGGGCAUGGAUCGCAGUCGGCAGACGUAUGUUAAGGAACUAGAAGAGCUGAUCAACAUACAAGGCGAAGAAAUCGAAAAACUCUCUGAUGGUAACUGA